AUGGGCGGCUCGGAGCAGGCCCCGGCGGGGACGUGCCCGGGGAUGUGUCCGGCCGGCGAGCUGGAGCGGCGCCGGCGCCAGCGGCGGCUGCACGCCUUGGAGCUGGGGCCGCCCGAGCGGGCGGUGAAGGAGUACACGCGGCCGGCCGCCGGCAAGGAGCCCCUGCGGCCCGAGGAGCUGCGGCCGCCGGCGGUGCUGCUGGCCACGGUGCGCCACCUGCUGGGCGAAGCGGGCCGCGCGCGCCCCGACGUCCCCGCCGCCCAGCAGUGCGCCUUCGUGAGCGACCGCCUGCGCGCCGUGCGCCUCGACCUGGCGGUGCAGCGCGUCUCCGGCCUGCCCUGCGCCGCCGUGCUGGAGCGCUCGCUCGUCUACCUGCUGCGCGCCGGGCACCGGCUCUGCGGGGAGCCGCCCGCCCGCUUCGACGCCCACCUGCAUGGGGCCCAGGUGCAGGAGUGCUUCGCCUCCUUGCGCCGCGCCUACCGGGACCGGGAGGGCCGCCGCGCCGCCGCCCAGCCCCUCUUCCAAGCGCUCUUCUUGCUGUACAACCUGGGCUCACCGGAUGCCCUCUGGCAGAUCUUACAGCUCCCCAGUCACAUCCGAGCCUCCCCUGAACUUUCCACAGCGCGGGCGAUCAACUUGGCUUACUUGGAGCGUAACUUUGCCCGCUUCUUCAGCCUAGCCCGGGAGCUGCCCUACCUGCAGAGCUGCGCCCUCCAUCCGUACGUGGCAGGGGCCCGCCGCCUAGCCCUGCUCACCUUCAGCCACGGCUUCAGCAGCAAGAACUGCCGCUACCCUUUGGAUCGCCUGGCCCGCUUGCUGGCUGUGGACAGCCUCGAGGAGGCUGAAGCGUUGUGCCGAGCGCAGGGUUUGACGACGCUGGAGGGAAGCGUCGUCUUCCAGAAAGGAUCUUUCAAGGACUCCAGUCCUCUAGAGCACAGGCCUUCCUGCCUGCUUGUGGAUGGGAAGUGGGGAGAGGCUACUCUUCAGGAGUACACAGAGGGCAUCUGCAGCUGA